GCACAUAGGGAAAUUGACGACUCUUGGAGUGGGUGAAAUUGGCCCUUGGGUUGCUCUCUUCCACAAUGUUUACAACACUGAUGAAGCCAUCUUCAAUUUUCAGGACCGACGGGUUCCAUGUGACUAGAAGAAAUAUGAAAGUAUGGCUGGAGAAUGGAACCACAAAUCUGAUAAAAGGAAUGGAGACCAAAAUGCCAGAGGUUCCCUGUGACUAGAAGAAAUAUGAAAGUAAUGCUAGAGAAUGGAACCACACAUCUGAUGAUAAAUGGAAUGGAGACCAAAAUGACAGAGAAGGACUGAUGGGUUCCUUGUGAUAAGAAGAAAUAUGAAAGUAUGGCUGGAGAAUGGAACCACACAUCUGAUAAAUGAAAUGGAGACCAAAAUGAGAAAGGUUCCCUGCCAUUUCCUCUAAUUUUGAACAUCUUUGUUAAGCUAAAGACUCAAAGGGAUUACUUUGAAGACCGAUCUAUAAACCUACAAACCACAUUAAGUUACACUAAUAAUACAUGUGUCUAGAUCAAUGGAGGUUUCUGAAUUGGUAGUGCAGGAACCUAUUGUAGCCUGGUUUUGCAUCAGCUAGAUAGUGUGAAUGGACUUCACUGUUUCCAUAGCAGGGGGAUCCCUAUAUGAAAUGCUCAUUCUUUUGCAAUAGUGCGUGGCUAAUGGCAAUGGCAAGAGCAGGAUCUUGGAGGUUUCAAUUUGACCUGGUGGGCAGUUUCUUUGGGAAAAGGCCCCCCUUGGAGAUCAUCAGAAAAUGGCUGGAAAAAAUUGGCUUUGUGGGAUUCUCUGUUGGGCUCCUCCACCCCUCUCAUGUCCUCAUCAACUUGUGGUCUGAAAAGGAUUACCAAAGAUUAUUCUUGCGCAAAGAUUGGAACGUCCAAGGAGCAACCAUGAACAUCACCAAGUGGACCACUGAUUUUGAUCCCAGAGAAGAAGACCAAGAAGCCUUUUUCAGAAAUAGGAAGAUUACCUUCAAAGAAGCUUACCUAGCAAUCCAACCUGAGGAAGAGGAAGAGGAUGCAGAACCUCUCCAACAUAUGCAAAUCAAUUGGAACAUGAAGCAAAUUCCAAAAAUCUCUUUCUUCCUGUGGCGUCUUCACCACAAACUGCUACCUUUCCCUGCACAAUUGAGGAAAUUUGGAAUCACCUCAUUGCCCUCCAUAUGCUAUCUCUGCAAAAGGGAUAGUGACACAGCUACCACGCUCUCUUUCAAUGCCCCAAUGCUAAACCCAUUUGGAGCUACUUUAAAUGGAUUUUCAAAAUACCGUGGCAAGGAACACACGGUGGAUGGGUGCCGUUUGAAGUCCUGCCGCCCAUUGCAAACCAAGAAUUGCUCCUCCAACUUGUCUCCCUUCUCUGAUAGCUACGUCGGUGUGGAGGAUGACUCCGUUUUCUUCGUCUCUCUAGUUAAGAAUCUAAAUUGCUGGUGUCUUGAGCUUUGUGUUGUGAAAGAAAGAGGUGUUGCAAUCCCCUUCCUUCAGCCAUUUAAGACUAGCUUUCUGUUUCUAGUACAGAAAUUCAUUGUUGGUAGCUUGAGUGUGGAGUGCUCUGAUUUUAUGAAGGUUGCUUCUAUUGGCAGCAGUAGGUUCUUUAUCAAAAGUGUCCUCAGCUUCUUGAAGUCUCAUUUCCAGGUCUCUGGCUUUGUUGAAGAUAUUUCCAAAGCUGGUUUUGUUCCAGUUCUGAAUGUGCUUGGAGAGACCUUGUAGUUUUUCCAUAAGUCCCCUCAUUCCUCCACCUCUGUAGGGGGUCCAGUAGUCCUCCACUGUUUGCUUGAAGGAGUGGUGGGUAGUCCAGCAGUUUAGAAACCUGAAGGGCCUUGGGCCAGUGUAGCUAGGAUUCUGACCUUUGAGAAAAAGAGGACAGUGGUCAGAGGCUCCUCUAGGAAGGUGGAGUGUAUUGAUGUCAUUAAAAAGGUUAAACAUCG